AUGACCACGUCCAAGAGCUCCAAGUCGUCCUCGUUCCAUUCGCUCAACAGCGACGACGCCAGCGUCCUGUCCGACGUCGGCCACUUUGAGGACAUUGGCCUCAACGACGACGGUGUCACCCCAAAGGCUGCGUUACACAAGGCUCGCGGGCCUCGAGAUCUUGCCUCUGCCAAGCGGGCGCCGCGCUCGAAGCGGUCGUUUCCCAACCUCCACGGCACUGCGGCGGCAUCGAAUCCCCGGAGCACUUCUCUUUCGUCCUUUGCCGAUCCGCGACCCGCGACUCUCACCAAGGGAUACUCGACAUCGUCCGUCCCUCAGUCUCGCCGCCAUCGCAGCACCAGCCCGGGCCUGACGCCAGACCCUCGCGACCCAAGUCUCGCCGGCAAGCCGCGACGGGGCAGCUGGCAGGUUAGCCGCGACCGCAAGUCCAUCUCAGAGCUUGAGCAGGAGUGUGACGACGAUGACGAUGAUGACGACGACAUUCCCGACGGCCUGUUUCUCGACAACGUGCCCAUUUCCCCGCGCCCACAGAGUGAGCGACCUGCCAGCCGGCCGCAGUCCAUAAAGUCCGUGUCUCCAUCGCCUGACCGCCGACGCAACAACCGAGUUCGCAGUGUUGGCAAUGGCACGCCUCCCGUCGCCCAAGCGCAGGGCUCAUUGCGAUCGCCAAGCUGGAAAACCGAUGGCGAUAGGCCGCCCCCGAGCCCUCUCCGAGGCAAAGCCCGCAGCUGGACCAUUGCGCUUGCAGACUUGAAUGCUGAUACAAAAGACCUUGUGGAAAAGCUGGAGGAGCACGCCGACGAGAUGCAUGAAAUCGAAGCCAAGAAACAUGGUGCACGACCCAAUACGUGGAACCCGAACCAGUCGGCGAAGAUGGAGUACGAGAAGAAACAGCGAGUCAAGUCGUCCUUUGCAGAGCUCCCACCACUGCGCCGCUCCAACAUCAUGAUUGACCCGCUCCCCAUUUCCAAGGAGAAGGAGGCGGUCCUGAGCCGUACUCGACCGUCGUGGCUGCCGCCCAAAGAUCCCGCCGAAGAGCGACGCCAUCUCCGUGAGUAUCAGAAGAUGAUGAUUGCCAGUGUCAAGGCGGAGGAGCGCCGUGAAGCAGCGCGAAAGAACAAGGUCGACGCACGGGACAACAAUGCGGACAGGGCCAUGCACAUCUGGGAGGACGAUAUUCUUCCUCGAUGGAACCGAGCUAUACGUGAAAAGGCAACGAGGGAGCUAUGGUGGAAGGGAGUGGCUCCUCGCAGUCGGAGAUCCGUAUGGGCAAAGGCCAUUGGAAACGAGCUUGGCCUGACCGAGGCAUCUUUCAAAGCAGCUUUGACCAGAUCAGAAGAGCUGGAGCAGAGAGUCAAGACGGACAGGGGCGAUGCAGAGGACUUACGGCGCGUCAAGUGGUUUGAGCAAAUCCGCAAAGACGUCGCCGAGAAGACGUGGAGGGAGCUUCGAAUCUUUGAAGUGACUGGCCCGCUUCACCAGGGCCUGGUAGAUGUGCUGAGAGCAUAUGCCAUGUACAGGAACGACAUUGGCUAUGUGUCAGGAUGUAACACCAUAGCCGCGCUGCUCCUCCUUAAUCUACCAAAUCCCGAAACCGCAUUCAUCGCGCUGGCCAACGUCCUCAACCGACCUCUACCGCUAUCCUUUUACACUUUUGACCGCGGCGCGCAAGCAUCAGCAUUCCACCUCGUGCAUGACACACUCAAGAUCAAGUCAAGUUCCCUCUAUGAGCACUUGACCAAGACAGUGCCGGGCGUCCAGCUUGAUCAGUAUCUUACCAACAUUUUCACCAACCUCUUUACAGCGCAUUUGGCCAUUGACGAAGCAGCAAGGCUCUGGGAUGUUUACGUCUUUGAGGGUGACACACUCCUGGUUCGGGCAGCUGUUGCCAUUCUCCUCAACCGAGAGAUGGACUUGAUGGGAAGCAAGACUGCGGAAGAAGUCAAAGCCGUCUUGUCCAGAACCAGCGCAGGCGCCUCAUCGACGCGAGCAUUGAGCGAAGUCGGCGCCGAAGAUCGAUUCAUGCAAAGCGUCCGCGAUGCCGGAAAACACUAA